GGAUGGGGGUCGGGGCCGGGGUCCCGUGUGCUCUCUCGGGGCGGACAGAAGUGUUCAGUCACCUUCACUCAAAAAGCCCACCACUGUCCGGGGAAAGCCUGAGAGGUCAGAAGUCAGGUGACACACUUGUGAGGAAAAAGGACAACUUGAGGGCGGCCUGAGCACUGAUCUCUAAGUCACGGGAUGCCUUCCAGAGGCUGUUGGAGAAAUCUUGGUAACUUGUAAUUUGCAUACUGAUAGGAGGCUUACUUAGAACUUGUUCUUCACUUUUCCUUUCCUACCAUACCUAUCCUUCCAGAGAUCAAGGCUUAGCAGAUGAUUAUAGAAAUCAUAACGUGGCGCCAAGUGUACUUAUUGAUAAGCGUGGCAAUGAGAUAUGUACUUUCCUUCAUAUAGUAAAUGUAUUAGAGAUAAAACCGGUUUCUUGUUGGUCUAUUGAACUGAUGGCUUCAAGUAAUUAUUCUAAAGAAUUGCAAAGAAAUACCAGGACAGCAUUGAUAGAAGCCUGUCAAAAUGGAGUUUGUGAAUAACAUUAAAAACUUCGUGUACACUAUUGGACGGUAUUCUACAGUACAUUUUAUGCAAAGUUUACUGAAAUUGUUCCUUUCUUUUAUUUUUAUAUUUUCCUUUUUGUGUUAUGAGAUGAGGUUUCACUCUGUAGCUUAGACUGGGCAGAACUGGUGGUCAUCCUCCUGCCUUGCAUGGAAAAUUUUCAUUUCUAAUUGCAGCUUGCUUGAGGUUGUGAUGACUAAUGUUACUUUUAAAAUGGCACCAGAUGAACUUUAGAAUUUUAAGAAUGAAAUUUAUAAUUUAGGUGAGUUUCUUUUGACGUAAGUCACAAUAACAAUCUUACAUUUCACUGUCUUCUGAUUUGUGUUUUGGAAAGACAAUCUUCAUUCAUUUUUGUCCCCGAUGGAAUCAUUUUUAUUGUUGUUAUUUGGCAGUUUUAAGGUUGUGUUAGCCAAGAGGUACUGACUGCACCCUAGUAGGUAGAAAGUAUUGGUUUCAGUAAAAUUCUUCUCCAGAAAAUUUAAAAAUUCUGAAAAGGCAUUAACAAGGAAUCAUUUUUACAUUUUAUUUAUUUUUUAAUUUUAAAAAAGAUUUAUUCAUUUUCUUUUAAAGCAAUGUUUAUGAGUAUUUGGCUUGAAUGUGUGUUAGUGCACCACAUGCAUGCCUAGUACCUGAGGAAGUGAGAAGAGGGUAUCGGAUCACCUGGGACUGGAGUUAUAGAUGAUUGUGAGCCACUAUGUAGGUCUGGAAAUCAAACCCAGGUGCUUGGCAAGAGGAAUGUGUGCCUUUUACUGCUGAGCCUUCUCGAUGGUCCCUACAUUCUACAUUCUAGCUAGGAGUUGUGGAACGAUUCUUGUCUUUCGGAUACGGUGGUUUUAAGAGGACUGCACCUUGAAGGCAGAUUUUGUUGGGAAAAUUUUGUUGGGAUGUGCUGCAUCCUAACUAAGCACGCCUUGUUGUUUUUUCUUGUAUAGUCAUUGGCAGAUUAAGGGGAUCUUGAGUUGAGAGCAGCAGUGAUUAAUGGAACGGAAGGGAAACUCUGGACAGAAUGCCUGUUCUCAAGCAGCUUGUCACUUCUUCUACUACCCUUUGAUCAUUUUUAUUGAUUUAAGCCAUGUGACAUCACCAAGCAUUAUAUAUCACUAUGGAUAUUCAAAAAUUCCCCAAACCAUUGAGGAACCAUGUACCUUUCACUUAAGAACCAUGUUUAAGUGGGUUUAAAGUUGAAUAUGCUCGAAAAUGUACGAAGGCAGGUCUCUUUUAAGAGGCACAAUAGUACAAAUGAAUAGAUAAAAUUGACUAUUUGAUCCAAGUUUUUUUUUUUUAAUCUUGAAUAGAUUUGACUUCUCUAUAAACUGAUCUGGUUAUGAAUGGCUAGGAAUUGAUGAAGAAAGUGAUUAGGAAAUGAAAACAGCCCUUUGCCUGUUGUAAAAAUGUUUGCACAUUGUGAUGCAUGCAUUGCAUAUUUGAAAUCUGGUACUGAAAUCUGGUGCCCAUUAGAUUAACUUAUAUGUGAUGUCCAUGAAAUAGAAAGAUUUUCUAUAUUAAAUAAGAAGACAAGAUUGUGAACAGAAAGAGUAGUCACGCAGAAAGAUAAGGGAAAUGACCUAAUAAGAAAAUGUAAUGCACUUUCUAUAGUGUCUUCUGAGGAUUUUUAAUGCAAAAUUGCUAUGACUCGAAGUAUCUGAUUCCCAGGACACCUAUUGAGCAGAGUAUUGUCAUGUGUUCAUGUUGCAGCUUUUUUUUUUUCAGGAACCCGUGUGAGCAAUAAUGUUAUAUUUACUGACACGGUGUAGACAUUUUAUUUGGAUUAUUCUGUGUGAAAGAUUUGUGUGUGUCUUGGGUAGACCAGUUGUACAUCACAGGUAACUGAGUUGAGUUGAGUGACACCUGAGGAUAUCUGUUAUCGGUGUAACAAGCAAACUAACAGGCAGUAUCUUUAGAAUGACUGCUUUCUUUGACACUUAACAUCAUCUUUUUAUCUCUUCUCCACAGACUUCCUGGCCUCUGGAGCAGCCAGGGCACAUUCUUGAUUUUGAGAUGGAAUUUUUUUGUUUGCAAAAAUGACUUGUACUUUUGUUUUAGUUAGUAAGUAGAUACUUUGGGAAGUACUUUAUUAAAUAUAAAUAUUCUUUUACCUAUAAGCACAUUUUAAUUCUGAAAACGACUUAAAGCAGAUAAAAUGCUUUCCAUACCCACAAAACACUAGUCUUGGUUAAAAUAUAAGUAUGGGGGCCCUGAGAAUGAGAAUAUUACUUUUCCUAAUCUUUUUUUUUCAGGGUGGGGUUGUGGGUGAUGUGCUUGUGUAUAUGAGUGUUUUCUUGUGUGUGUGUGUAUGUGCAUGUGCAUGUGUAUAUGAGUGUUUUCUUGUGUGGGGGUGUAUGUGCAUGUGCAUGUGUAUAUGAGUGUUUUCUUGUGUGUGGGUUAUGUGCAUGUGCAUGUGUAUGUGAGUGUUUUCUUGUGUGUGAGGUGCAUGUGUAUGUGGAGACCAGAGACUGACCUUGGUUGUCGUUCUCAUUUGCUGUCUACCACCUUUUGCAUCGAGGCAGAGUCUCUCGCUGAGCCUAGAGGCCCUAUUCACUGGAAUGAAUUUUUCCCCAUUGCUGAUGGUGAUCAGCAGUCUCCGAUUGAGAUUAAAACCAAAGAAGUGAAAUAUGACUCCUCACUCCGACCUCUCAGUAUCAAGUAUGAUCCUACCUCAGCUAAAAUCAUCAGCAACAGUGGCCAUUCCUUCAGUGUUGACUUCGACGACACAGAGGACAAAUCAGUUCUUCGUGGAGGUCCUCUCUCUGGAAGCUACAGGUUGCGGCAAUUCCACCUGCACUGGGGGUCAGCAGAUGACCACGGCUCUGAGCACGUGGUAGAUGGAGUGAGAUAUGCUGCAGAGCUCCAUGUUGUCCACUGGAAUUCAGACAAAUACCCCAGCUUUGUAGAGGCAGCUCAUGAGUCGGAUGGGCUGGCUGUCCUGGGAGUAUUUCUGCAGAUUGGGGAACACAAUCCCCAACUGCAAAAGAUCACUGACAUUUUGGAUUCCAUUAAGGAAAAGGGGAAACAAACCCGAUUCACAAACUUUGACCCAUUGUCUCUGCUUCCACCCUCCUGGGACUAUUGGACGUAUCCUGGUUCUCUGACAGUUCCACCUCUCCUUGAAAGUGUCACAUGGAUUGUUUUAAAACAACCUAUAAAUAUCAGCUCUCAACAGCUGGCCAGAUUCCGUAGCCUCUUGUGUACAGCUGAGGGCGAGACGGCAGCUUUUCUGUUAAGCAAUCAUCGUCCACCACAGCCCUUGAAGGGCCGCAGAGUGAGAGCAUCUUUCUAUUAACAGCCACCAGCCGGUCAGCCCAAGCAGGAGCAGGAAGGCGUCAAAUGAAACAGAACUCAGACAGUCCUACUCGCAGCUUUUCUAGACUUUCAGGUUUAUGAAUCCCACUUUCCCAGCAGCUUUGGCACCACAGAGAAAACCAGAGAUCUGGACUAACUAACUCAGCUCAUCAUUCCUCUAUUUGCACCAACACGUGUCCAAUUGGUAAACAUUGUUGGGUGUAUAUUAGUACCACAAAGUACACCUGCCUCACACUUCAUGACCAUAUAUGGUCAGCCUUACAAACCUCACACCGUACUAAAAGAUUGUUGUGACCUUUGGCUGAUCUUACCACAUUUUAAAUAGUGUUUGCUAGAAACUUUAAAUUCACUUUGAAAAUGGUGUAAUUCCUAAACAAGAAGUUCUUAUAGUUUUUGUAUUUUUCUUAUUAAUCAAGAAUAUGUAUUUCCUUUAGUGUACUUUUUUCUCAAACUCUCAUUGUGAGUACUGUGAUGGAGUGUACUACAUGAGACACACAGGGAUUAAGACAGAAUACUGUGUCUACUUCUCUGACCAAAGUAACCUAGAGUUUCAGUGAGGAAUUCUUCAGGAUAUAAACAGCUAUUUAAGGCAUUAUUUCAUGUCAUAUAUUCACCUAAUAAUGUUAAUGACCACCAGGGUGAUCACUGGCAUAUUGUGUAGCAGUGUUGGCCGGCUCGUGGCAUUAAUGCAGUUCAGACUGUCAGGUUACACGAUACCACUGCAGCAGAACUGCCCUGAGCUGGUGAACAGGUUCCUACGUUUGCCCUGUGUUUUAGCAGAGCUAUCCUACGUGUGUUGUUUUUUCUGUCACUAGUGAAAAAAUGAACCGAGUCUCACAUAAAUGUGUAAGUCAUCCAAUAUAUUUUCCUGUCAAAUCUCAUUACUCAAUUGUACUAAGUCUCUUACAUGAUUUAAUAAGAUGCCAUUUGGUACUAAUUUUAUCCUGUUCUGUCUGGAGAGGUUUUUGUUUGCAUUUGAUGGAGGAAGAUGGGUGCCAUAUUCCUUUUGUUUUUCCAUUAUGGAGUGACCCUGUCAUUAACUCAAUAACUGUGCUUGACUUGAAUAUUUGUUAUACUUUUGCUAUUUUCUGAGAAAGUGUCCUUGGGUUUCUUAAUUUCAAUGAUUUGUUUCAGAUCUCUCUCAUCUUCUAAAUGUAAAGCGAAUUAUUAAAAAUCUUCUUUGUAUUUUUCUUGGUGGAAUAAUUUCAUUUUGGGAAAAUUGUAUGGUUAAAUCUACUGUCACAUAAAACAAGAGCCUGAAUAUUAGAAUGGACACUUCAGCCAUUGUUUUGCCUUCUCAGUGUCCAACUUAAGGCCUUGAGGAAGAUCCAUAUACCAUAAAUAUUUAAUGAGUUGGAUAGGUAAGGAUUUAUUUGAUAAUUUUGGUAACCGUCAUUCUCUCUGAGAUCAAUGCAGUCAAAUUAAUUUAACAAUUAAAAUAGAAUGUCUCUUGAAAGUUUUUUCAGAGAUAGUAUUUAUUAAUCCACUUUUUAUGACCAGAGGUUCUAAUGGUUUUAAAUGUAUCAGUGUUAGGUGGGAAGGCAUUUCUUUAGUUUGGAAACACAUGCAGGGAAGCAUUCUAGUCAGAGAGGGGUCUGUUCUGUCAAAGUUUGGAAUGUGUGAAGGUGGAGACGCUAAUGACAUCCAAGUGUUACACAGUUGGUAACUCGCGUUUUCCCUGCAGCGUGGUGUCUGUGCUGUGCUGUACAUCUCACCACAGUGGGAUAAAACUAUCCAACUAGCACUGGUUUUCCUGGAGAUCAUCUGCUUAUGCAUAUCUCUCGGAGGGAGAUGGUCAGUCGGUGCUUUAAAUUUGUCAUAGUAGUCUCUUUCAAUAAAACUGUAAGUUACUUGUGUGGAUCUCUUACUUCCCACAUCAUCUAUUGAUUUCUGCUUAUUAAGCAUUUUGUAUUAUAAUUUAAUUUGGUUCAACUUUAAUAAAGAAAAUGAGAAAAAUA